GAUUACUUGCUUACAUCUUCAAGAAAGCAAUUUUAGUCUUUCGUACAUCAAAUAUCCUUCUCGAAAUAGCCAGUGACGAGAGUGCUACUCAGACUGGAAGCAAAAUUGUAUCACUAUUUUUCUACGGCGAAGAUGAACGUUUUGCUUCCAACUCAAGCGUCGUUCUUUUCAUCACCUCACCGUAACCCCAUUCAUACUCCAAUCUCUCCACACACAAACCUCAGAAUGGGCAGUCGAAAACGAAAAGCCGAUGACGAUGGCCUCGAUGACAAAAUGUCUAUUUCUCCUACAAACAGCCCCGCCCUGGCCACACGACAAAUUCCCCGACCCUCCAAGAAAGUUCGAGCCAACGAAGUCACCGGCCGGCCUCUUAAUCUCCCCCGUCUUCUCGAAACCCUAGAUGCUCAGUCAUUGAGAGCAGUUCUCCAAACUAUAUGCGAAAGACACCCAGAGAUCGGCUCGGAAAUUGUCACUUCAGCACCAAGACCAUCUGUGGAAUCCACUCUUGGCGUCCUUUCCAAAUAUCAAAACGAAUUACGAGAAGCCUUUCCUUACGGUGGCAGUCCUGGAUCGGAUUAUGCCUACGAUCGAGUUAAGCAACAGCUCACAAAUCUGAUUGAUGCUUUGGUCGAUUUCACACCGCAUUACCUCCCACCGAACGAACAGCAAACCGCUACCUCUCUCAGCUUCCUCGAUAGUGCCACCAAAAUUGUGCACGAUCUUCCCAACUGGGACAGUCAGUCUCAUAAACAUCACAAGGACAAUGCAUACGACGAAAUUUCAAGGGCUUGGGCCUUGGUGAUUAGUGAAGCCUCCAAGCGUGGGGGAGGAUUCCAGCUUCAUUCUGGUGGAUGGGACCAAAGACUUGCUAGACAUAAUGAUCAGAGUGGAGGAAAGAUGCAAAUGGCAGUCGAUGCACUCGGUACAAAUCUUGGUUGGAUGGGAGGUAGUUCUGGAGAUCCAGAUUCUAUCCGCAAUCAACUCCUUUCAGGUCGCUAUGGUACUAAUCAGAGUGUACCAGUAGGAGCUCGCUGGUAAACUCAAAUCAUAUUUUCUUGAUUCGGGUCAUUUUGAUACUAGGAGUGUUCAUACAUAUGGGAUAGAGGAGGUCAUACCAAUUGAUCGAUGAGUCUUAGGGGGCAUUAGAGGGAAUUUCACCGCAUAGGCGUCUUGUGUUAAUCAUGGUCAUCGACAAACGGCAAUAAUCACGAAGAUUACGAAGAUUCCCAAUUUCCUUUCACUAUCCAUCUAUCUGGAAGCAUGGUUGGGGAGUUAUGGUACUUGAGGGUUGGGUUUUUCAUUUGUAAAUUCGAGGAGGAUACUUAGGUGGUGGCAAUAAUUCAAUAGGCGUAAUUCAUUUGUCAUUUUCACUUUAGCAACAUAGGGAGAAUGGUCAGUAUUUUGAGACCAUACAAUACCAUAACA